AUGGCUUCAAACGACAACUGGAGAACUGGGGCGAAGGGCAUCAGGCCUGUUCGGAUAGCGAACUGCUCUGGCUACCAUGGCGACCCGCCAAGAGAAAUGUACAAACAGGCAACUCUCGGAGAUGUCGAUUUCAUCACCGGCGAUUACUUGGCGGAGGUGAACAUGGCCAACAAUGCCGAGGCUUACGCACAAGCAAAGCAUAACGGCUAUGAAGAGACUGCCUGGGAAGGCUUGCUGCAAGCUAUUGACGUUAUUGCGGAUAAACGCAUCAAAGUUGCGAUCAAUGGAGGGGCCCUAAAUGCCGGAGGCCUUGCCUUGAAAGUGGCCGAUUUGCAUGUCACCUUGACUUCCGAGUCUUUCAUGUUCACCAAGAAAGACAGAGAGCCAAGAGAAAUUGUCUCAGCCAAUGCCUAUCUCGGCGCGCAUGCCAUCUAUGAGGCCCUGCAGAAGGGCGCCGACAUAGUCAUAUGCGGCCGAGCUUCGGAUGCGAGCCCCGUCAUCGCUUGCGCGUGGUACUGGUGGUCUUGGAACAACACGAGCUACGACGAAAUAGCAGGGGCUCUCGUCGCCGGGCACUUGAUCGAGUGCUCGGCUUAUGUCACUGGUGGGAACUUCUCCGGGUUUGAAAAUUUCGACCUCGAUCACUUCGUCAACCCGGGCUUUCCAAUUGCAGAGAUUUCAAAAGACGGAACAUGUAUCAUUACGAAGCAUGCUGGUACAGGUGGUAUGGUGACUGUUGAUACCUGCAGAAGCCAGCUUUUGUACGAGCUUCAGGGCAAUGCCUACCUCAACAGCGAUGUCAAGGCAUACUUGAACGAUGUUGUGAUGGAGCAGGUCGAGGAGAAUAGGAUUCAUGUUUCUGGUAUUCGUGGUGCUCCGCCACCUGAUACCACAAAGCUUGCUGUCUUUUACAAGGGUGGCUAUGAGCUCCAGGCUCUGUUCAACGCUACGGGUCAUUCUUACGAAAGGAAGGCUGCCCUCUUUGAAAAGCAGAUCAGAGCUCUGAUCGGGGAUACCACUUUGAAAGACUUUGACGUUUUGGAGUUUCAACGCAUUGGUGUUCCUGCAACGAAUCCGAUGAACCAGAACAGCAACACAAUUUACAUCCGCGUUUUUGCCCAGUCAACCAAGGCAGAUGCCCUCAACGCGAUCAACCGCGCCCGCGGUCUUGAGGAGCGUUUCCAUUUCGUGAAUCCGGACGGCACAACAACAUCCUACGACACGACACCACCGCCCAGGUUUGAGGAUCUUGGCGAUCGUGAAUCAUAUGACACCAAAGCACCUGUGAAGAUCCAAGGCGACCUGAAGACCAUUCGUCUUGGUCAAGUUGCGCAUGGGCGCUCCGGAGACAAGGGGGCCAAUCUGAAUUUCGGAUUGUAUGUUCAAACACAGGCUCAAUGGAACUGGCUGCGUUCGUACAUGUCUCGCGCCAAGGUGCAAGAGAUGAUGGGGGACGAUUGGCAGACAGACUUCUCCAUCGAGCGAGUUGAGUUCCCGGGCAUUUUCGCCGUGCACUUUGUUGUGUAUGGUAUCCUUGGGCGUGGUGUCAGUAGCACUAAGCGACUGGAUGGAUUCGGCAAGGGAUUCAUUGACUACUUCCGGGACAAGGAGGUGGAAGUCCCGGUCUCUAUCUUGGACGCACCGAUCAGUGGCCUUCAACCAAGUAGACUCUAG